AUGUCUUCUGAUACCAAAGCCAACGCCGGCACACUGGCACAGCAAUACGGUGGGAACAGCAGGUCGGGAUGGGUCGGCCGUCUGCCCAUUUCGUGGCUCCCUUAUGUGCAGCUGGCUCGCUUGAGUCCUCCCGCGGGCUUGUUUCUCAUCUACUUCCCUCACUUGUUCGGUGUGUUGCACGCAGCUAUCGUACAGCGCACAGAGAUUUCGCAGGUGGUACAGUCGGCAUUACUCAUGCUGGGUGGGAGUUUCUUUGUCUCCAACUCCAUUCACAUCUGGAACGAUCUCAUCGAUGCACCUUUGGACGCAAAGGUGGAGCGUACUCGCAACCGACCUAUUCCACGUAAAGCCAUCUCACCAGAGGCGGCAUUUGUGUUUACUGUCACACAAGCAAUUGGAGCGGCUGUGUUCUUGCCUCUUAUGACAGGGAACACCAUGCGCAACAUUCUAUAUGCUGUCCCGAGCAUAUUGGGCUGGACAUACUAUCCAUGGGCGAAAGUACACACAAACGUGCCACAGCUAGUGUUAGGAUUCUGUCUAGCAUGGGGUAUCCCCAUGGGCUCACUGGCCGUCGGGCGAGAGACCAUUGGGUUUGGUGAAGGCGGCUUUACGCUGGGGAUCGAGCCUGCCACACUGUGUCUCAUCCUAGCAAACACUUUGUGGACGAUGAUCUAUGACACGAUCUAUGCACACCAGGACCUUAAGGACGAUAUUAAGGCUGGUAUAAAGAGCCUGGCAGUUCUGUAUCGAGAAAGAACAAAGACACUGUUGUGGCAGUUGCUGUUGCUGAUGGUAGGGCUUCUUGCAGCAGUAGGAUGGCUGAGUGGAAUGGGUCUAUUGUUUCAGGCAAUAGCAGUCGGCGGCCCCAUGGUGUCUCUGGCAGUCAUGAUCCAGAGAGUGGAGCUUCAACGCACAGAGAGCUGCUGGUGGUGGUUUGGGAAUGGGUUCUGGUAUGCUGGGGGAGCCAUGGCGGUGGGGCUCGGGGCUGAAUAUUUGCGGAUCAUGACAACAACAGGCCAUUGA